UCACCGUUUCGAUACACAUCGAGCAUAUUCUCUUUCCUCCUUUGCGUUUUCAACAUUCUCUCUCUCUACUCCGCCAUUGAUUUUCCACGAAUUUCUCUCGCUAGCUUCAAGUCCCUUCCUUCACCACAACACUUUCAUUCUCCCUUUCUUGUUGAUUUCUUCAAGUUAAAGCAAUUAAAGUGAUUUUUCUGAGGUAGGAUGAGAUUUUGCUUUUGAACCUGAAAAUCAGAUGGAAAAGAAACAGCAUAUUGCAAUUUUCACCACUGCCAGCCUUCCAUGGCUAACAGGAACAGCUGUGAACCCUUUGUUUCGCGCUGCAUAUUUUGCCAAAGAUGGGAAAAGAGAUGUAGUUUUGGGGAUCCCUUGGCUAUCUUUGAAAGAUCAAGGAUUAGUAUACCCCAACAAGAUUACAUAUGCUUCACCCUCGGAGCAAGAGCAAUAUAUCCGUAAAUGGCUCGAAGAGAGAAUCGAUUUUGUGCCAAAGUUUAACAUAGAGUUUUAUCCAGCAAAGUUUUCGAGAGAUAAAAGGAGCAUUCUUCCCGUGGGAGAUAUUUCAGAAAUUGUCCCAGAUGAAGAGGCAGAUAUUGCUGUUCUUGAGGAGCCCGAGCACCUGACAUGGUAUCACCAUGGGAAAAGAUGGAAGACUAAAUUCAGGCUAGUUGUAGGAAUUAUUCACACAAAUUAUCUGGAAUAUGUGAAGCGAGAGAAGAAUGGAACUGUGCAAGCAUUUCUGCUGAAAUAUCUAAACAACUGGGUUGUUGGUAUAUACUGUCACAAGGUAAUUAGACUAUCAGGUGCCACCCAGGAUUACUCUGACUCCGUCAUUUGUAAUGUACAUGGAGUUAAUCCAAAAUUCAUUGCCAUCGGCAAGAAAAAGAGGGAACAACAAAAGAAUGGAGAGAAGGCCUUUACCAAAGGUGCAUACUUUAUUGGGAAGAUGAUAUGGAGCAAAGGCUACAAGGAGCUGUUAAAACUUCUUCGUGUUCAUCAAAAGGAAUUAGCUGGGCUUGAGGUUGACUUAGUUGGCAGUGGAGAGGACUCCGGUGAAGUUAAAAAAGCUGCCGAAAAGUUGGAACUUCCAGUUAGAGUUCACCCGGCGCGUGAUCACGCUGACCCUGAAUUUCAUGAUUACAAAUUGUUUAUAAAUCCAAGCACAACAGAUGUGGUUUGCACAACCACAGCUGAAGCUUUAGCAAUGGGAAAAAUCGUUGUGUGUGCCAACCACACCUCAAACGACUUUUUCAAGCAGUUUCCAAACUGUUGGACAUUCAACGAUGGCAAUGAAUUUGUUAAACUCAUACAUAAGGCACUGGCCUCCGAGCCUGCUCAACUCACUGACGCUCAUAUACAUGACCUUUCUUGGGAGGCUGCCACCGAACGUUUUCUUAAGACUGCUGAAAUUGACAAGCCCUUGGAGAGAAAACUGUCAAGAACUACUUCAAACUAUAUGUCUGCCACAAUGAGUCUGCAGGAGAGGAUGGAGGACGCAUCAGCGUUUGUUCAUCAUGUGGCUUCCGGGAAUGAAAUUUCGCGAAGGAUAUUUGGUGCCAUUCCAGAUACCUUGGAACCAGAUGAAGUGCAGCGCAAGGAACUUGGGAUAACUGAUACUCCCAAGAAAACUACUCCCAAGAAACAAGACGGUGCAACUUCAGAUAGCUUGCAACCAGAUGAAGUGCUACGCAAGGACCUUGGAACGAAUAAUACUCCCAUGAAACAAGCCCAGGCAAAUUGAUAUCGGGAGGUUUAUAAUUCGGCAAAAUUCUUGUUCCUUGUUACUUGGGAAAAGGGAAUUCUUGCCUGGAAUUUUAUUUGUAAAGGUGGCAUCCUCGUAUAGCAUAGGCAGGUUUUAAAUUAGUGCUGAUUUAGGCUAAACCUUCUAUGGCUAUGAAAAUGCUGCAAAAUUAGUUUGUUCUAACUAUUUCAUUUGUUGGAUGAUUGUUGAGUUUCUCAUUGUUUUUAGUUCAAAGCCAGUAUAGUAAAAGGCACUAAUAAAGCAGCCGCUUGAAAUUUUGUUUUAAUAAUAAAGUUGAGUUAGUGUUAAUGGGA